AUGGAUCCACACUGCAAGGAGCUAUCCUCUCCGAGCCUUGUCAAUUUCAGCCUUUCAAUACUAAUCCUACUGGGAAUUCUGCUCUCCUAUGUUCCGCAGCAUCAUCGAAUUAUCUCUCGUCGAUCUUCGUUCGGCAUUUCCCCAUAUUUCGUGCUACUAGGCACUACUUCGGGCAAUUCAGGAUUUGCAAACAUCCUUCUUCUCCCUCGAAGCGCUGAGGAUAUUGCGUGCUGCAAGGAGAUCAGUGGAUUUUCUUGUUUCGCAGGACUCCUAGGGAUCUUACAGGUCGGCGCACAGGCGACAUGCUUCGCUAUCAUCCUUGCGCUUUUCGUUAUCUUUUUCUCUCGCCCCGAUACCUCGCCGACUUCGAAACAUGAUGAAGCUCCAUCUUUUCGUACGGCUCUCCUCGUAGCCGCCGCGUGUAUCAUCCAUGCUGUUGCGCUUGUUAUCUUGAGCUUUACAAUAGGCCUUGCUUACCCAUCUUCCCGCCAGCUCUGGGCCAACAUCUUUGGUAUCAUGGCAACAAUUUUGUCAUCGAUACAAUAUUUCCCUCAGAUAUAUACUACCUUUAUGUUGCGUCGGGUGGGAAGCUUGAGCAUCCCAAUGAUGUGUAUUCAGACCCCUGGAAGCCUUGUUUGGGCAGCUUCCCUUGCGACCCGCUUGGGAACAGAAGGGUGGAGUACAUGGGGGGUAUACGUGGUCACAGCGCUUUUGCAAGGGACGCUGCUGACAAUGGGUAUCUAUUUCGAAUACCUCAACCCCCAAAAGGUUGAGGACAAUGUUCAUCCGGAAGGUAUCACCGCACCGCCACCGUAUGAGAAUCGCUCUGAACCCAGUUUCGAAGAAGAUGCUUAUGAUCGAGUCUCUGAACAAACUCCAUUGCUCCGAACACCAUGA